UUAUAAUGCUGUCCAUUCCUAUUUAUAUAUUGUCAAUUCUGACACUUCAAUCACCAUUCAAUCAUUUGCUAGUUAAUGGCGACCCAACUUCCCCACUUGCUACAAAUGAUGCUGCAGCUAACGAAGCUGCUUCGUGCGCUAUGAGAGUCGGACGAAACUGUGACGACGAUGGGUCAUGUCGGUACAAAGUAAACGUUCCUUCAUUUGAUAUAGUUGGUGAAUUCGCCCAGAUGUUCAGUGCCAACCGUGGGGGUGGUAACUUCGCGGCAGAAUGCUCAAGGCUGGGAAUGAACCUUGAAAUCAUCCGAGACAACCAAGCAGCUUGGGUUAGAAGAAGCCAAGGCUUGCUAUCGAAUGUUACUAAAGACUUGACCAGGCUGGAAGUUGGGUUUACUGAAAAAAUGACGGCUCUUUCGAAUAGCGUACGCGUAUUGGAGACUAAAACAACUCAAACGCUGACAGCGAUUAAUAGAACAAUGAUUAGUGCGGCGAAUGACCAUGAAAGCGACAAUGAAGACGAAGACUCGAUCGCGCUUCUAGUAAGAAUGGGAAAGCUCACAACGCCAAGACCAAAGUCAAGGAUUGAAGUUGAAAGAAACGAACAAAAGCAAUCCAACUUUGAACAAAGGAUUUUGGAAUUGCAAGAAUCAUUGCAGCAAACAUUGAAGGGAAUGGAAAGCAAACUGAUAGCGAGGAUUGAACAGAUAUCAGCAGCUUGUUCUGGAGGACGGACAUCAGAUACAGUUGACGACCAACCGGAUACGGAGGAGGCUUUAUCUACGCCAGCUGUUGAUGAGGGCGCCGUUGAAAGUAGUAAAGGACCACAGAUGAUGUUGUGUAGAACGUGCUGUGAGCGCGUCUCUUUCGCCGAGUAUACGAGAUCACAAGAGAAUGACGACGAUGCGGAAGAGGCGGAAGAAGACGUCACACGAACAGUGGAAACUACCGACCGGGUUACUGGAGUAGAGCAAGUCUAUACGGAAGACGAGACGCAAGAGACCAGAUCGACCACAAGAAGUCAAGUGACGUCAUCACGAUCUGACGUCACGCACGAGAAUAAUGACGCCAUGUUUACGUCAACAACCGUCACCCACGCAGUUGAAGUUACGCAACCUAACUAUAUAUACAGUGAAGGGUCUGGUGUGAACAUUAGAGAUGGAUAUGCUACGAACGAAACAGAGGGUAUGGAAUUUACAAGUAGAAUAUUGAGAGCUACAAAUCCAACCCCCGUACAAGAUGGCCAGACUGAAAGUCUACCAUACGACUGUGCUGAAUUAUACGCAAGAGGUGUACGUCAAAGUGGUGUUUAUGACAUCAGGCCAGGUACCAAAGUAACGUGGACAGUAUAUUGCGAUAUGGACACUGACGGUGGAGGGUGGACCAUGUUACAAAGAAGAAUAGACGGUAUCGUCAACUUUUCUAAAGGUUGGAAAUCUUACAAGAAUGGAUUUGGUGAUAUUAACGCUGACCAUUGGAUUGGUUUGGAAAAGAUGCAUCAUAUAAGUACAAGCAAUAAGAGCCGACGUAUGGAGCUACGUAUCAAUCUCACUGAUUGGGACGACGUUAGUCAUUACGCCAACUAUGGUGUAUUUAGAAUCAGAUCGGAAGGGAAGAAUUAUCAACUGAUUGCUAAGCGGUAUAUAGGAACCGCUGGAGAUGCGUUAAACUAUGGCGAGAAUUACAAUCAUCAUCUCCAACCGUUCACAACAUUUGAUCGCGACAACGACGGUUACGCAUUGGGCAACUGUGGCCGUUACUAUAGAUCAGGCUGGUGGUUUAACGCUUGCUUUGCUGCGAAUUUAAACGGAAAUUAUUACACUGGGCCUUACAAGGGGGUUCAAAACGGUAUAUAUUGGGGUACAUGGUAUAAAUUGUCAGACUCGACCAGUAAUUCAAGAUAUUCGUUCAAAUACGUUGAUAUGAAAGUAAGGCCUUUGAAUUUCAAUGCCAGAAGAACCUAUUAAUAUUCAAAGUUUAAAAAUUCAAGCUUGCUUACCCUACAUAAGUAGACUGUGUCGGUACUACUGCAUACACAAUUAGUUUCUGUUGUAUUUACUGUAACUGUAUAUUCAUUAGUCGAAUAAACCGUUUUACCUUGUAA